AUGAGGUCCUCCAUUAACGACGCAUGGAACAGGGUACGCGGCAAUGACCAUCGAAAUCCGCAAGACAGUCAACGGCAGCGAAUCACACGAAGCCAGUCAAGCAACAUCUACCAGCAGCUGCAGACUGCGCUUGGGCGAAACCAAGAGCUUGAACGAGGCAAACGCAACAUCGAACAUACCGUAUCGAACCUCCGAGAGAAUUUGCGACGUCACAAGGAUGAUAUAGCGAAGAAAGAAGGGAGGAUUGUAAGAAAUGAGACAGCUUAUCGCAAGUUGCAAGCCAAAAACAGGCAACUGCAAGACGAGUGUAAAGAGUGGGAGGAGGAAUCCAAACACAUUGACGGGAUGUACAACCACAUCAUGGCGAAGGUCAUAAAGCCAUACGCAGUGAAGCAGAAGCUUGACUCCCAGAGCCUGACCGAUGAAUCUGUCAAGGAACUCCUAGAUUCGAUGCUCAGGCAAUCCAGUCAAGUCAGGCCCUUGCGAGCAGAGCUUCAGCGUUUGCGAACCCGGAUCCAAGAACUCCAGCAGGACAUGCUCGCCAAGGUCGACAAGGUGGAUGCAACGUCCGACGACCAGUUCGCUAAGGAAUUUCGAUCCCUUGCAUCAUCUAUCAAAUCCUUCAGCCGUUCACUCCGCUUCACCACUCACGUCGACAUCACCGAGGUUCUCGGCUCCGUUGUCUUACUGAACGACGUUGCACCUCAUCACUGGAAUGGACGACCGAGGAAAAAGGCGUUGACCGAAGCCUGGAUCUGGUCAAUCCUGAUCUGCCUGGUAUUCAAAAGCCCCUACGCUGUAUUUGGAGAUUAUUGCAAAGCCCUGAAUGAGGCAUGGGUCCAGAUCUAUGGAGCAGAACAUCUUCUUGAAUGGCCGCUUCCUUCUCCGUACUCCGAGUCAUGGCGUAUCAAGACAGUGGAGCAGCUGCUUGAGCAAACCAGUCCAGACACCAUUGCACACGGAGAGCCAGAUGGCUUGCCUGUAGGCUUGACAGCCAGUGUGGUCGAGGUCCGCCUCCUUGCAAUGAGUGUUAUCUGCGGCCAUUUCGAGUCGCUAUCUCCCGGAUUCAAAGUUUCAGACAUCCAGCUCAUCGUCGACAAAGCCUUUUCUCUGGCCUUACAUAUGUCUACGCAGCAAUCGCGAUUUCAAGUCACUUAUCCGGCUAUCGGGGCCGAGUUCCAUGAGGCGCAAAUGCUGUCAGUAGAUAACGACGAUGAUGAAGACAUGGGAGCAAGUGUUGUGGCUUUCGUCAUCAAUCCAGGCCUGACCAAGUGGGGCGAUGCCCACGGAGAGCACUAUGACCAUUGCCACAACAUUGUGCCUACACUCGUGCAAUUGGAGCCGAAAGACCUAGGUCGGAAUCUCGAUGAUCGCCAGAAGAUUGUUGACGCAGAGCCUGUCAUCAAGCAAGAGCCUGGGGUGAAGCAAGAGCCUGAGUGGUGUUGAGCCAGCAACCGACUUGAAGGUCAAACACACUUUGCGAUGGAGACGCUCAAAACUAAAGAAGAAUGACUGGGGGAAUACAUAGGAAUCGGGGGUUGGAAUCAAAGCCGCUGAUUGAGUGGAGUUCGCGAAUUCGACGGAAUCGAUUUCAUAGUAUUUUCUUUCUAAAAGCGAGGGAGAAGGAUACUGCAGGUGGCCUGACAUGCUGCUUCAGUCUAUGUUAUCGGUUUGCGCGAGGUCCAUAGCAAAUGCAUUUUGACAGCUUCUUCAGGUAUACGUGGACCACGUGAGUAGGACGAGAAGAAUAGGUAUGAAGUGGGAAGAUGGGGAAAUGUGCGCUAUCGACAGCAGUCAGAUGGUGAUGCCUUCAUCUGUAUUGGAAAUGAGACGCGAUCGGAAUCGAGAU